AUGGGCAACCAGGACUGUGGUAACGUCCAAUCAGGCGCGCAGCGGAAGAGGCGGGUCUUCCGCGGAGGGGCGGGGCCUUCAUCUCUGGCGCCGCCCUUAAAGGCCAGUCCGCGUUACCGCUGUGUCUCCUUUGCGGUGUGGGAGUUCCGGGCGCUGUGCGCGGCCGCGUCGUCCUGCGGACGCUGGAGCUCCGUGUGGAGGAUGGCGGGACACGCCGGAGGCCGGAAACUGGGACUCUUGACAUUCAGGGAUGUUACCAUAGAAUUUUCCCCAGAAGAGUGGGCAUGCCUGGACCCUGCCCAGAAGAAUUUGUAUAGGGAUGUGAUGUUAGAGAACUACAGAAAUGUGUUCUCCCUAGGUCUUGUUUUCUCUAAGCCAGACCUGAUCCUCUGUCUGGAGCAAAGGAAAGAAUCCUGGAGUGUGAAGAGACAUGAGACAGUAGCAGAACAGGAAGGUAAGUGGAAGUGAGGGAAGGAGAUGACACAGGUGAGAGGUCCAAAGGUCAAGGAGGAAGCCAGACCUUAAAAUGUGCUUGGAAAACUCUGCUUCAAUGCAGAGGGUUUCUGAGAAAUCUUAGUUUCUUUCUCUUGUUCUCGCAUAUGGACAUCUGUGUUCCUUGUUCUUAAAAUAUCUAAGGACUUCAGUUUCCCUUCAGUGAUCUCCCUUUGAGAUUACAGUGAAAACCCAAGUCUUGUUUGUGGCUUCCAAGGGACUGCAGGAUCUGACUGCUCUUCCACUGCUAUUCAGGACAUGGGAAUAUCUAUGUAUGUUUUGAGAAACUCUGUUAAACCUUUUUUUAAAUUUCCCUUUUGCAUCAUAUCUGAAAUGUGUGAAUGUAGUGGUGAUAUUGGUAUUUGGUUUAGAAAUUCCAAAACACCACAAGUAGAGGUUGUAUGUUUUCCUCUUUAUGGUUUCCUAUUCUGUGGAAGUAUUACAUGUGAUUCUGCAGAAAUUCAUUCUCAGUGACAUUAUCAAAAACUAAGUAUCUCCAUAAAUACAAUAAAAUGUAAUGUUAUUUUACUUCUAAAUUCUGUUUCUAGCGUAAUUGUGAGUAAUAAUUUAAAGUCUGUAUGGCCAAAUUUCUCAUGUUUAAUAUAGUUUAAUAUACUCCCUCCAUUUCUUAAAUAUGCAGUCAUUGGUAAGCUUAGAACAUUGUCGAGCAUGUGUCAAACUCCUGGUUGUUACUUUAUUUUUUAAUAACUAUCAUUUUAUGAUUUUCUCUUGUUUAAUAUGAAGCUAACUGGGACUGUGCCAAUCAUAUUUAUAUGUGUGUAUGAACAUGCACUAUUUUUGCAUUUAUUUGUGUCUUCUCUUUCUCUCAUCAAUCUCUUAUAUUUUUCACUUUAACACCUUUCCCCCUC